AUGACAGAGUUUGGCGAGUUUGAGGAAGGCGAAGUAGGGGAUUUGAGCGACUUUGAGGAUAGUAGUCAGGCCGGCGGCCGUAGUCAGCCGUUGACCCCAGCCGGUAGCGAAGUUGAAAUGAACUCGGGUCAUAGAUUUGAUGGGCGAGGUGAUGGAGAGAGUGGUCUCGGGGAAAAGGGUUUGGGAAUUUGCCACUCCCAAGCUCCUUCCAGGGGCCGCUAUGAUGGUGAUCUCAGUGACACGGUGGAAUGCGCUAAAGGUAGGGGGCAGGGAAGGCCGGGUUCGCUUCUAAAUUUGCUAUCCGACGAUGAGGGCCCCAACGUGCCCAAGGUAAAUUAUUUAGAAUGCUAACUGAGAUGCUUAAGCCACUGGGCGUCGUCCGCAAGAAGAAGCGGCGCGAAUGGAGUCGUGGGAUCAACCGACACGCCACCAAUAGGCCAGAGAGGACGCGGUGCCGUUUUUUCGUAGAAGGUCGCUGCAAUAAGGUUCUCGAGAUUCCGUGCGUCACUUACUUUGCGUAUUUAGGGGGCGGAUUGCCCAUUUAGCCACGAUGUAUUGCCCACGAAGAAGCAGGAAUUGUGCAAGUUUUACGCAACUGGAGGCUGUAGUAAAGGCAGACAAUGCCCAUUUCUGCACUCCGAGUUCCCAUGCAAAUUCUUCCACCUAACCCGGAACUGCUACCACGGCGACAGUUGCAAGUUUUCGCACCUGCCACUGAAUCCUAGGACUAAAGCACUUCUUGAUCGUAUCGCUAAUGACAAGGUAAUCUAGCUAGGUCGUUCAAAUGCUUGUUUAGGCUCCAGUUAAUGCAGUUGAGGCAGCGGCUAGCGGCUUCCCGACAGACGCAGGAGUUUCCCGACAAUGCUUGCCGCACGGAGAAGUGGCCGAACCCUACGGGGACGUAGACUACCGCGGAGAUAAUCCGUCCUGGUGAGUUCCCUGCAAUAGCUUGGAAUAUAAAUCCAGCCUGUGUUUUUUACAUUAAUUGUUGAGCCUCAAACUAGGUCCCAGACACAUAACUAUGGCGGCUGGCGGGUGUGAGCGUCGACUUGACAGGAAAUUCCCGUCUUUUUGUCAAAUUGUUUCAGCACGGAAGCUCUACUAAAAGCCCCGUAGACAACGGAGUAAAGCAUGUUUGGAGUUUGUAGUAGGUACACGUUUUGGGAACUUAUACUGUUUGCUAUAGUAUUCGAGGGUCUGCGAUUACUGUCGCCUUUCGGUCGGUCAAUUUGAAAAAAAGUGCAAUACCCGAGCUUAGGGUCCGGGAGCCCCUGUAUCUCGUACGCCAUCUCCUGUGAUGACGCCGAAUGCGGGACAUUUGCGAGGGUUACUUUACCUUUGCGGGGUACGGCAGCCCUCCUAAGUUUUUCCACUUUCACUUUCUGCCGGAUGUCAGCACACCUGUUAGCUAGAUAGCCAUAUAUAUAUAUAUAUAUAACGGAACGAGUGAGUUCCGUAUGAACGAUCGGUGAGCGCCCCUUACCACUGUAUAUUCCCGAUCGAAAACCGACAGGGCAACGGGCUCGUGGCCCGGUGAGUAGAGGCGUGGACUUCUAAACCAACAGGUCUGCCGCUUGCCUCGUAUUAUAGCCGUGCGCGACGCACGAACUUUGACCUGCCUGUUUGCCGCUGACUGGCUUAGACCUCCCCGGGGCUGACCGCUGACAGGCCUGCGUGAUUUUUGUUCCCUUUGGGGUCGGAGCAAUUGUGGUCAAAUCAACGUGCCGCUUGGCCUCUCCCACGUCAGCCGGUGGACUGAUCGGUCGUUGCUGUUCAGGUGAGCAACAUUCAGCUUCGCGGGCGCAUCGGCGAGCCAGUGUUCGGCUUUGGUCACAUAACCUCUGGCCCCCAACUCCGCUCUUUUCCAUGAGCGUUGCCUCUCGGUCCCGCGUGCUCGCUUGCUUUACUGGUCCUGUCCGGCCUGAUCCGAGCCUUGUACGCACCACUCUGGCCAUCUUCUCAUUGGCUCGACCAAUUACCCUCGUUUUCUCAAAGGCAAGAUCGUGGUUCAGUUCUCCUAUGUGGCCAUUGACUCAAGACAGCUUGUCCUUGCAGUUGAUUGCAAGUUGGUGUUCGUGCUAUCUUGUGCCGAGGCGUUUGCCCGUUUCACCAACAUACCUCGCAUUGCAAUUUAGGCAUGGUAUGCUGUAGACUACCACCGACUGUUCUGUUGUUGGUAGCGGGUCUUCGGGCUUCAUGAGUUGCUGUCUGAUGGUGCAUUCUGGUUUAUGAGCCACGCCAAUCCCAAAAGGUUUCAGGAUUCUCACCGUUGCCUCUGAUACGUUCUUCACAUACGAUAUUGAGAGCCAGAACUUGGGCUUUUCUCCACUCGACCGCUCCAAAUGAGGCUUUUUGAGGCAAUUGCGUAUGAAUGACUUCGGGUAGCCGUUGGCAUUAAAAAGGACGUGUAAGUAAUUCAUCUCCUCCUUCUUCCCACUGUCGUCGCUACAGUGUGUUUGAACACGUUGAAAGAGAGUUCUGACAACUGCGUUUAUGACCAACAGGGUGGUUGCUUCGGAAGUGGAGGAUGCGCCGAGCAUUUGUAGCCUUACGGUAAACCGUUGUCCUUAUCUUCCCGUCUGUUAAUCUCGUAACUUGUACGUACAGGAAGUACAACUGGUUGUUGACUUUCUCUUUCAUAGUAAACUGAAUUUCGGGAAAGAUUGAGUUCAACAAUGCCCUGAAAGCCUUCACCUCACUCCUCUUGAUUACAACGAACGCGUCGUCGACGUAUCUGGCCCAGAACUUCGGGGGGUACGAGCUGAAGACCAACUGCUCGAGCGUCUGCAAAACUGCUUUGGCAAUUAGUCCAAACAGAGGCGAGCCCAUCGGUGUCCCCUUCUUUUGCCCGUAGACUUGGCCGUUGAAUGUAAAGAAGGUCUUAAGACAGUUCUAGGAGCUCGAUGAUGUGUGUUCGUUUGAGCUGUUGGUCGGUCUCAUCAUACUUUUCCCGAAGAAAGCCAUCAAUAGUGUCGAUAGCCAGCGCGGGUGGGAUGGAGGUGAGUAAUGAGAUCACGUCGAAUGACACCAUCACCUCACCUGCCUCCUUUUCGUGAUGUUUGAUGCACGUCAAGAACUCUUCAGCCGACUUCACUGUCCACUUCGAAUCCUUGGUAAGGAAACACAGUCGCUGGUACAGCCACUUUGACAGCCCAAAGGUUGGGGUACCACGUAAGGAGACGAUGGGGCGUAGCGGCACCCCCUGCUUGUGGAUCUUUGGUAGGCCGUAGAAGCGCGCCAUCGCGGUAUCACUGGCUUUUGCGGCCAAUGUUUCCCUUCUCGUAAGAGCUCCUGCCUUCCUCAGCUUACCGAUCGUAUUGUUUGUGCUGUUUACGAGCUUUUUAAACUCGCUGACGGUCGAUGGCACAUAAGCGUCCUUGUACAUCAAGAGGUUGCGCCCCUUGUCGGCGGGCAGGGUGACGAUAUCCUCUAGUUUUCGUAUUUUCAGAAGUUCUCGGUCGUCUGCUUUAAAAAUCGUCAUCUGGUGUUUGUGUUGGAUUAAGGCCGACACUUGUUGUCGCAUGGCUUUUUUGCGCUCCUCGCCUGCCUCACACAUCUGGAGCGCCGAUCCAAAGGAUGCAGUAAAGUCUUCUGGUCGAACACAUAUAUGUGUAUUAGAAAACGGGUAUCCAAUACAUAUGUACAUAUAUAGUGGUAGAGGAGCGUUCGCCGAUCCUUUGUAAGUUAUAGUGAGUCCACUCCUCUAGCCAUUUAACUAUGGACUCGUGCUGCUUUCUGUUGUGGCCGGGAGUAUUCACUGCGGUAAUAAGGCGCUCAUCGAUCAGGUUACGGGUCAUGCCCGUCCCGUCCUACCCCGGAGCUCAAUCUAGUCCCUCUACAGCUGUUAGCAUAACGCUUAAUCGUGUAUGUGAAUAGAGAGAUACCAACAAAUACAGAGGAUAUUGGAAUUGCCUUUUCUGGCAUAUUGGUCGUCGUCAGCUAGCCCUGCCCAGCCCUAGGCCCGGAUGACCUGGGAUUCGAGCCCGGGUCAUCUGGUCAAGACCUUAAGUAGUCCAGCGUUCUGCCAUUGAUCUACGGAGCCAAGCCUGUCAUGCUGGUGACUCAGAGUCCGGAUCUCCCGAUACCUAAGUAGCUGACGGCCUUUUAGUGGGCCCCGACUCAGCGGGUUGUCAACACUGCGUCACAUGGGAUUUUAACUUUAGGUGGUUGCUAUUCUGUGUCCGGAUUGAUGCACAGAGAGGCGACAGUUAGGGCUCUAGGAGCCAGCAUCAGAUUCCUGGAAAAUUAUGACGAUUGAGAACGGUGGUUGGUCCAUGUGCCUAGGUGGUCGUAAGUAUUGGAAGGCCGACUAGUGCCUGCAAUAAGUAGAUGUCUAAGGGUUUUUGUACGUAUACCUGCACGCUUACGUUAUUAACAUGAACGUCUGUCAGGUGAACUCGGCAACUCAACUCGUAAGACGUUGACCAAAAACUAUUAGCUCCUUUGCGCGGUUUAUCUUUUUUUCUUGCGGCAUAUCAGUGACUCACUGCUAUCGAAGAAGUAACGCCCACUUGUGUCCUUUUACAGUCAGCAAGUCGUUCGAGGCGGCCAACUUCCCAUGGGUUUUGAACCGAGACCCCCGAGGCCGGACAUGGACCUCGAUUUCGACUGUCGUCCUUACGAAUACGGACCUAGGGCUCCUUCAAACUAUAACACACAACGACCAAGGAUCUUUCCUCCUGGCUCAUGUCGCUUCUCCAACGGCGUCCCUAGGCCUACGGGCCGGGCUUUUGGUGUAAACAUACCAGGGUUGCAGCAGGAAUUCCAGCGGGCUAGGGGCCCCACACUCAGUCCACAGAUGAGAUUUGGAUUUUCCCCAAAUUAUCCUUAUCUGAGGUCGCGGUCCCCGCGCCCUGCACCUGGGAGGAUCAUCGAGCCAGAAAAGCCACCUACUACCUUCCCUUCAUUACAACCCAUUACAGCCCCUUCCGGUGAAGAUUUGGUAAAUUUCGGUUUUUUAUCACGUUCUAUUGUUUUUAGCUUUUUCAUUUGCAGUAAGGUGACUAGAUGCUUUUUUUACCAAACUAGCAGGAAGUUAUCACGACAAUUUGCUUUAAUAUCUACCUCCACUGGUUCCUUGCAUGCCAAGGUCGAUAAACCAACUUUUACACUUGGAUGGUUGAACCAUCUAGGCUUGAGGGGGCUAAGACACACAAGAAAGUGUUAAUUUUCUUGAGGUAAAUGCAUGUGUCUCCGAACUAUGCAGCCACUCUCUCCCUCACUCUCCUCUGAGAACGUGUGUGCUGACCGAUUAUAUCGUUUUUCUGGCAAGUGCCAAACGCAAUCAAUAAUACUCAAUGACGUCGAAGCUUGCUAACUUCAGAAAAUGCUCCACAUAACAAAGAGUGCUUACGGGGUGUUAUACGCUGUCUACUGCACAACAACGGGUAAUUUCGUUAGUGAGGUAGUAAUCGACCUUGGUUACCUAUCAUUUGGUGCCACAGAGGACAACGAUUACUGUCACCAUCGCGUUUGCUGUUAUCCGUGUCCGACAGAAGGUAGAAGACGGCGUGUGCGUGUUUGCAUCCGGUAGCAACUUUCCUCGAACCUCCUCUGCGCAUUCCUUGGGCAUUCGCCAGCGCGAUGUCCAUCCACUGUCUGUUCCGGCUCUAUAGACAGUCACAAUUGAAUUUAUACUUGCCCUCGUAAUGCCUCCCUGACUCCAAUUUUUGGGCAAUAACGUUAUCGGAGGGGUCCAUCGGAAAGUUAGCCGAUAAUCUAGUCCAAUCUAUCGGAGCUCCUACGCACACCAAAAUUAACUUUGUCAGCACCGUUGUGAACCCAUUGACUGGGAUGCCGUCUAACAGCCCCACACACUUAUUAACACAGGCACCAGUUCUAUAAAAUUUGGGCUUGCAAAAAUGACUGUACCACAACUCAAGUUUCGGUUGCCUCCCGGACCUGUGCACCCGAUACUAAACACUGUCUCAAGUGAAUAAAAGCCUCUCUCACAAAGUCUUCUUUGUGCGGCAUUCCGUCCUUGCGCCAUCUGUUUGGAUAGAAGGCAUUUAGCCGUUCACUUCCUCCAUCCCUCCCUCACGUCACGAACGGCAGGCGUGCGGACAAAAAGACAUUAUGACAACCGUUAAAUAUUCUCCCGGUCGGACGCACUUGUGCGAGCGACUCUAACCAGUCGGCGACCACGUUGACGCCGUCGAGGUCCGCGGUUUUCAUGUCUAGGCCGAUUCAUUCACCCUGAUGGUCUGCCAGGGACAGGAGCAUAUUGCAGUCAGUUGCUUAGGUAUCUGCGGUCGGAGGAGACAAGAAUGUAUGCCUUGCUUCCCUUUGAUUUUGGCGAUUUCCUACUGCAUCUGACGUUUUGAUAGAAUAAACCAGACAAAGUUUUGAUACGUAGCUAACAGGCUAUCCGCGCCCAUUAUUUUCCCGAGGAAAUUCUGAUGCGUCAAAGUAAACUCUGCUGCGAAGUCGGUACUGCUUUAAUAAUAUAACUAGGACAAAUGUACAAUUAACAAAGCCGUUGCUUGCUCGGGAUCCAUCCUAAUUUGACUUGGCACACCGAUUUUGCAGCUGAAAAAUGGUUAAGGAGCAUGUUAGUAUAUAUGCGUGGUGUUGUUGAAGGGGUUCAUUUUCUGGUAUUUUUCGCUCGAAAUUCUCUUAUGUCUUAAAAGCAAAGCUAGAAAAACCACCUCAAUCGACUGAACUCCCAGCUUCUACGGCGUACAGAGUGCUACGAACGGAAACCACACCAUAUCCGGUGGUAUUCAGAGAAUCCAGCAACGUGUUGCUGUCUAGUCUGGUCUUGCUAAUGUUAGCUAAUAUUCUUACAGAUCCUGGCUGUGUCAGGAAGUUCGACACCGCCAUAAUUUCUAAAAUCCUUGUUAAAAUCUUAGAUAGUUAGAAUUGUCUAUUAGAUUAUUAGAGGGCCCUUUCGACCGUCGGAUUUGGACCGGAGAGGGGGGGAAUUUCUAGUCAUACCCUAUUUUUGAUCAGGACCGACUAGUAUAAUGCCUUUUAUGGACUGCCCCCAUUGAUGUCUCCACGCGCGGCGGCAGUUCCAGUGAGUUUUUUCAAGACCUUUUUCGGUAACCAACGUCGAAUUCUGCGGGUCCAAGAACCACCAAACUGUCUGACCAGGUUGUGAGCUGGACACUGUCCCGUUGUCUUCAUUGAGGCGACGAUGUUGGAGUUCGGGCAGCAGCGCUAGAUUCGUGCAGUGUCGCAGUUCCUACAAACUCAUUCAUUUGAAAUUGAUUCAGCUUACUUCGUAUUAUGGAAUCACUUUUGGUUGACGGUCGUCGCAGAAUCCAAUUUUCGAUGGUCGUCCGAUCACUGUUCCCACCAUUAACAACCGUAGAAGACGACUGACCGGACGAAUGCCCGAUACACUCAGACCUUUGUGUCAGCCGAUCUAUCGCGUCUGGCCCUCACGAGUAGCCCUCGCCUGGUUAGCUGUACUGCCAAAUUUUCGGCAGUUGUUAGGUCAUGUCUGGCCUCAGGCUAUUUGAAACUCGUAUGUUAAGCCCUACAGACGUUACACGAGGCGGGUACCCUCUCCUAGUCAGUGAUGCAGUACAACAAGCCAGGGGCAGUCCCACCAAGCACGGCCACUUACGCAGACAAGUAGGAUUGACGACAAGAUACUUAUUAAACACCCUGACCAUUAUUAUUAGGCUACGGACUGUAAGUGCGAGUCGGUGGAGAAAUAGCAAGCCUUGAUCAGGACUAAAAACGUUGACCGUCACCGUUUAGUUUCAUUAAACGCUGAACCCGUGUCGAAACUUCCAGAGGAUGACGUUGGCAUACCGCUACAGCAAUGAUGAUAAGAUUUAAGCCGCUCUACUUCUCGCACUUCGUUCCAUCUCCACCCUGCAAGACGAACACAAAUAUACCCGGCCCUAGUCGUCAGGCGUGACUUCAUUAACCCUGUCUCAUGAAAACAGAGCAUCGGCACAGGGCUUGCAGACUUAAACGGGGACGCCGUUCCACCAUGACGUCUUAUUGCGCAGCCCCAUUACUGUGUCGGUCAUUUUCGUUUUGGAAGAAGAGAUACCAUGACACCAAGACCAAGACAAACAGGACGAGUGCAGGCGAGCUCGGGCGCAGUGAUUUACGGCCAACCAGACCGUCCACACGUGCUCCGCUCGACCCGGUUUCCUCAUAAUGCAUCAGGUCUUCGCAGAGGCUUUGAAAGUCGACGGUGAAAAGCGCAUACUACUUAAGUGCGCUUUUCGCAGGCAGUCGGAAAGAGGCUCAUUAAAAAGCUGGCAUUCUGGCGUGACUGAAGGGUCUUGUGAUGGCUGGUUCGGUCGCCAAGGGCAGUCAGCAACCCAUUGUGGUUGGAAGAAGGUAACCUUAUCGGUUGCUUUGCCUUAUCUCACCUCCGUUCAGGUCUUGCAGCUGGAAGACUACAGCUUAUUAGUAUCUAACGUAGGUCACACGCCUUCGCCCCUUCAAACCAGAAGUAGUCUUCAGCGAAAACAACGGGCGAACAGUCUUGAGAACGCAACGUGAUUACCUAGGCCUAUGGAACUUCUACUUUCGGAGUGCGCGUUUGGGGCAUUGCAUGCGUUCCACCGCUGCAAAUUCACAGAGACCUUAGCAAUUUCUCCACAUACUACAGUACCGUGAUCAGCUGUCCCUCGGAGACAUCAAGAGGCAGCGCGCAUGGAAACUAGCCUGAAUCAAUUAGCGACGGCAGAGUGAGUUAUGCGUGCUUCGCAUACUAAUUUCCUGGCCACCUUUUAUGCUCAUGGUUGACGUAAACGUUUGCAGUACAUCCUGACUGUGCCGAAAUCCAAAACAAAUUAGAGCUUGUCUUUACGGCAUAAUAUAAUGCUCCCUACUCGGGCGAGACUUGUCGACAAACGCAUAUACCUAUCUACAUGGCACCAUAGUUAGACCGUUCCAACCGAUGACGUCCACGGCCACUUCGCAAGGUGGGCGCGGGGGUGAGUUUCGAGUUAGUUUUCAGUGAAGCAGCCUUGCGCUGCAUCUGGCCUUCUUGUUCCGAGCAAACAUAUUACGACCGGAGGUGGACUCGGGCACAAAGCUAUACAGCCCGUCUGCGCGUGCCACGACCUGGUCCCCGCUGUUCCAUAUGUACCGGACUGCACUUAGUAAGAGGUAUGGAGUCUCAUAUAGGUGAGCAUGCCCUGAAGACCACAUUAAGGAGCCAUUGCCGCCUCACCCUAAGUCAUGAAAAGGACGGAGUUAUCCCGUUGACAACCGUGAAAUAUUCAAGUGGCGUCUUGUCUGCCAUUUAUUAACGCUUCUUAUGAAGUACACGACGUGGCCCAUAACCACUGCGAAAUUUUAUGAGCCCUUUAUGUUACCUUCUUAAUGCAUGGACCGCCUAAGAUACUCCGGCGAACUGGAGAGGGGUAGUAGUCACCAGGACAUAAGAAAGAUUGCAGAUAGCAUGAGUCAAUCACGAAUCCAGUCAGUAUCACAAUAAGAUCUGAGACCCGUGUACUACGGGUUGGUACUAUGCAGGGGAAUAAAUAAAUAGUUUUGGUUAGCUGAUAUGGGGGCACUGUCGCUGUGCCCGAUUUCCAUCUGUACCAAUCAGUUUACUCUCCCAGUUUCGGCAUUAUCAGUUUCGAUUGCAGGAAGUCUGUGUUGGAUAUAUGGCGACAAGCUACCAUCUGACAGACAGGUCAAUUAGACAUCAGACAGGAGGAUCGCAACAAAAUCCUGUGCCGGACCAAUAAUAGUUUCGACAAGGCCGUGAAAGGUCAAAAGUGGCUCAGCGACGGCGAGCCUCUAGUCACUACAUCCAGGUCAAUGUGCGACGAAGUGACUUUCUUCACACCUGGAAUCGCUUACAGUAGGCGUGUGUAAACUGUUGAGCUCGCAUUUGCAUACCAAGCGCUGUGUAGUUAGGUUGGGAGCGGAAUCUCAGCCACGGAUCUGUUCACUGUCAGUUAUAAAUGACGCAGGAACCUAGUUGAUUGGCUAGUUCAAGGGUCAAACUGCCGCCUUGCACUUGUCGUAUCAGCUCGCGUGAAUGAACUAUUACUCCCAGAAGUCAACUCCUCAACACCAGUGUAGGAAGUUCCCCCAACUCGCCUAUUCUCAGCUAUCUCGAGCGAAAAUAGACGAUUGAAGCUGACAAGUCAGUCAUCGAAGCCUAUCCUCAUAAACCUAAGUACGAAAACGCGUUGAGUGUUUUUUCUAUCGCCAUUUUAGCCACUGGUAGUUACUGAUAGAGGUAAUACCGGACCAUUAUUCGAUAGUUUCUAGUCUUUCGACCCCUACAACCAGCACUUGGCUUUCAGUUGUUUUGUGGUCCUUUUCUCACCGACGGGCGUACGAGGCUUCCCAAUCUAAGAAAUGGCCAGGAUCCAGACGGAUCCUUCCGGCAGACUCAAUAUCCCGGAAAAUCAAGUGCUUGUAUAGCUUGAUAAAUGUUUCAACCUAAUAUAUGCUGAAUAAGUCAAAUGAUAAAGAUCUCUAGGACCUUCUGUGAAUAACUAAUCAGGCAUUAAACACAAAAGUGGAGUGUUCUGCGUGCCCACUACUGAUAGCUUUGGAGGGCCUACAUGGAACCAUUUAUUUUGUACGUAUGUAUUUUGGUGCAUUAUGUGUAUUUCUAGCCACUUAUUUAGAAGGACAGACCACUUCCUACCGGGAAUGAUCGUCGAGUUCUUAAAGGAACUUGACCCUACCCUUGUCAAGCAAACCAUGAUAAGCAAAUAAGGACUCCGGGGCGAUCUACUACUGGCGCCACGGGCACUGUCUUAACCAAUCCUGUGUCAGUCUAUGCCGAUUUAGGUUAUUGCAGGUGGUAUCGGGUUUUAAAUAUGCGUAGAAUCCUAAGCUAGUUACUAUAAAGGUCUUCGUCCUGUUUCAUGUUACAUUAAACUAUCAGUCAUACUGGGUUUUGGCAAGCCAUCUUACUGACCAGAUUAACUGUUUUCCAUUUUAGUCCACAGUCCCCCAAGAAGGGCCACAGAAGGAUGUGGUGGGCUCUCCCAUGCAGCCGCCCCCAGAACUUACUCUCAGUGGAGAUUUUGUGCUCUCCGUGUCAGAGCAGGCGAGCGAUGGUGGCAAGGCACGUCAAUGGCACCUCCUACCACUUGAGAUCGAGGAGAAAUCAGCAUAUACCACCCUAGGAUUAGCGCCCGCUAACGAUCCUAGACUAGUAUCUAGAGUAACUUUGGAUCCCAGGCUUCAAACAGGUCGAUCGAAAGCUGCUUUCUCGUCGACCAUAAACACAACUCCCGUCGUUCCUAAGGACAGUGAGGGGGAGGGCAAAUCCCCACAGCCACAAUCCAGCCUAUCCUCCGCUAACCCAACAGAGAAUGUCGACUCCCAGCCUAAGUUGGGGAGCAAACGGCGUGUUAAGUUGCAGCUAAAUGAGCUGGCAAAUAACUUUGUUGCUGGUGCCUCCUUAGCUCAAGUAGAAUCAAAGGAGUCACCAACAACUGCUGUAACGACAAGCGACAGAUCCUACCUUCUAGACCCGCGCCUUAAGCGUCGCCGCGUAGUUCCUGUCGAACAGCAACAGGAGCAUCAACCGCCACCACAGUAUUCCACUCCCCAACAGACUAUGAAGUCCCCCUCUGAUGAGGUUUCGGGGUCAGCAAUGCAAAUCGCCAUAAAUGGUGCUGACAGCGGCCAGCCCGUGUAG